ACGCUCGUAAUGUGCAGCAUAGGCGGUCCAGUUCUGAGACAUGACGACUCUUUCUGAUGACGAUACACCGUACCUAUGUGAUGGUGAUCGGCAUGGCUCAGACUGCCAAAUAAGCGCUGUACUGUUUACCUGUACUGUACUGUACUGUAUGGGUGCACGUGUUGCUGAGAAAAAGAAAAGGCCGUCGGGACAAAUGGAUGUUGAUAGUAGUAUUCGAGAGCUGGACCUUUGUAUUGUAAGCAAAAGAUGACUCGGUCGGAUACAGGUCAAUUGUAUGUAAGGGUCAUGUAUUGCCGGUGGAGUUGAGACGAGACUCUGGGGAAACUCUCAAACAGAAACACAGAGACAACAUGUUACUGAAUGACCAGCUACCGAUUAAAACCAGUCAUAUAUAAUAGUCAC